GUGUCCGGAAGUGCCUGUGCUGACUGCCUCCUGUGUUUGUGAAAACUAAAUAUCCUCCUGAGGUCCAUCCGAGCGGAGCAGCGGUGGCUCCGAGGUCUGACCGAAAAGACGGGGACGGUAGGAGGGACAACCGCUGAAGCCUCGGGGCUUAACCAUGGGCCUCCUGGUGAGGCUUCGGAAGGAAUGGUUCAUCAUCGGGAUAGUGUUGGUCAUCUUAUCCGCUAAGCUGCAGCCGGACGUCGGCGUGAAGGGAGGUCCAUUGAAACCAGAGGUCACCGUCUCGUACAUCGCUGUCUCGCUCAUCUUCUUCAACAGUGGUCUCUCACUGAAGACAGAGGAGCUGACCAGCGCUCUGCUCCAUGUUCGUCUCCACCUCUUUGUUCAGUCCUUCACACUGCUCUUCUUCCCCGUAGCCGUCUGGCUGCUGCUCAGGGUGCUGGAGUUCACACCCAUUGACCAAUGGCUGCUCAGAGGGUUACAGACGGUCAGCUGUAUGCCUCCUCCAGUUUCCUCUGCAGUCAUUCUCACCAAAGCUGUCGGAGGAAAUGAGGCAGCAGCCAUCUUUAACUCAGCAUUUGGAAGCUUCCUGGGGAUUGUCGUGACUCCUGUGCUGCUGCUGUUUUUUCUGGGUUCUUCCUCCUCUGUGCCCUUCUCCUCCAUCUUCUCUCAGCUCUUCAUGACCGUGGUUGUGCCGCUGAUCCUGGGUCAGGUGUGUCGGCGUUUCCUCAGGGACUUCCUGGAGAGGAAGAAGCCUCCGUUCAGCACCGUCAGCAGCUGCGUCCUGCUCAUGAUCAUCUACACCACCUUCUGUGACACCUUCAGUAACCCCAACAUCGAGCUGGACCCCACCAGUCUGCUGCUGGUCGUCCUCAUCAUUUUCUGUCUGCAGAUCAGCUUCAUGUUGCUCACCUUCAUCUUGUCCACCAGGUCAAACUCAGGAUUCAGCCCUGCAGACACCGUGGCCAUUAUCUUCUGUUCUACACACAAGUCUCUCACUCUGGGAAUCCCCAUGCUAAAAAUCGUGUUCGCUGGCUACGAACACCUCUCCCUGAUAUCAGUACCGCUGCUCAUCUACCACCCAUCCCAGAUCCUGCUGGGCUCGGUGCUGGUGCCCAGCAUCCGCAGCUGGAUGAGCAACCGGCAGAAGUCUAGUCUAUUGUUGAGGUAGGGUGGCAUUCCAACAGUACUGCGCCGAGUGAGUAGAAGGUGGUGAAGCUGUCGGCCAUGGAGCCCGUGUGACAAGCAGGAAAUCAGGGAUAGGACUGUGUUCUGUACCGUUAUAUGGUGGAGGGACACCGUUGUGACAAGUGCCUUAAAGCAACCAAGACCUCAAAGUGGUGACGGAUUCCCGAGGUGCCUUUAUUUUCUUACCCGAAGAGGAACAAACUCUGAUACAUGGAUCAUAGAAACUUUUUAUAAAAAAAGAUUAAGUUUAUUUUUAUAUGGAGGAAAUUGCCAACAUGAACAGGGUGGAUGGAGUUACUGGGACCAUAUAUUUUAUGUUGAUAUUUAUUGUUACUAUCUACAUUUUUCUACCUUUCUCUUUGAGCUGUCACUGCCAGAACUGGACGUACUUAUAAGGUGGAGUUUGGGUAAGGGGGAGGGUCUGGUGAUGGAGCCAAAACAUAAUAGUAAAACACUCACUGCUAGUUACCAGUUACCACUGGUUUUGAACAAAGUGAACAUAGUAAUGUCUACCUUUUCAGAGACAUUUUUAGUUCAGGCUCCAUGAGAAAAAGGUCAUGAAAUACUCUAAGGUCAUAAUGGAAUCAUGUCUACAUGCCCAAAACCACAUUUACAUACAGUUAUGUACAUGAAGAUGAAUCAGACGUCCUCAAAAUAAGAUUUUAUUUAAUUAUUUGUAUAGCUAAGUUAUACAUCUGUUACAGAAAACACUGCAUUCCACUUAUUCCAUUUUUUCCCCUAACAUUUACUACCAGCCGACAAAUGUAAAUUCCAAUGUAAAAACUUGAAAAGCUCUUGAAUGCAAUCUGAACAGCAGGGUCUCGAUGCCCUGGUUUUUGGGAUGAAUGUUACUGUAAAAACAGGAUGGAGCUCAGUGCUGUACUCGACGUUGGCUAAAUUGCACAUUUCUUAUACAUUUAUAUGCAGAUGAUAUAUUGAGAUAUGUGCCAUGAUUUAGUUUUAACACUCAUCACACCCCGUUUUAGAUCCUCAACUAUAUUCUUUAAAAUGUUUGUCUGUGCAUCUCCAGAA